UAAUCACUCGGAAACAUUCUGUAAGAGUUGUUUUUAAACAUUGAAGCGGAACAUGCCCUUCGUUCAAACCAGAGAAGCGAACUUUGGACGGUAGAUUUCAAUUACUGUCCCCCAAGCGAGUGAGUGAAGAAGGGAUGUUCUCAUCUCUAAAAUUGCAGGCUUCAACCCCUGCAACCCACCGUAGAAACAACUACAAAGUCGCCGGGAACCUAACCUUCUCUCCUUCUACGGCGUCUUCGCUCCGCCUUCCACCCCGCCGGUUCUCCGUAUUAUCCGUAAAAUCGUCGGAAAAUGUGCCUUCUUCUCAGCCAUCGAUUUCUUCCGAUUUUACCUCCUCCGUUGGAUCUCCUUCGCUUCACCUCUCUCAUUCGACUCUAUCUCAACGUCACAUCUCCGUCUUGAAUUUCCUCGCCUGUGCGGUUGCAAUUUCUGCGACUUGGCUAUUUUGUGCUGCGAUUCCCGCGCUUUUGGCUUUCAAGAGAGCAGCGGAAUCACUAGAGAAGCUAUUAGAUGUCACCAGAGAAGAGCUGCCAGAUACAAUGGCAGCAGUUCGCCUGUCUGGAAUGGAAAUCAGUGACUUAACGAUGGAGCUAAGUGAUUUGGGUCAGGAAAUAACACAAGGUGUUAAGAAGUCUACUCGUGCUGUACAUGUGGCGGAGGAAAAAUUGCGUCAGUUUGCAAACAUGACAUCAACAGCACCAAUGCAGGUAGCCAACGCCAAAGCAAUAACGACAGUUGAACCUGCAGUAGCUAAAACUGCAAGAGACAUGCGAGAGGGCAUUGUUAAAGGGCGUACAAUGCUUCAAGUGUUUUUUGCUGUCACCGGAUUCUCUAGGUCGGUCGUCAGUUUUCUUUCUAAUAGAUCUAAGCGUAGGUCCUUGAACAAAUAAUUUUGAUGAUGGCAGCAGUAAGAUUCAUUUUUACUUUUGUACAUAUGGCAGCAUGCAUCAUUUGCCAUUCUGAUUUAAUCGUUGUAUCCAAUAUGUUUAUGGAAUUUGCUCAAAGGAAAAGUCUAUUCUGUA